GAAAUUGGUUUACUGUAUGACGAACUAUCAUCUCGCACUGCAUGACUAUCACAAUACAUCAAUGCAAUGAACACCGCUGCUACUGAAGCCAAGGAUGCAGCAAUGGUGAAACUAAAGGUGAUAAUCGGUGUGUUAGUAUUGCUAGCUUCUCUUACCAUUAAGAUGUCUGAAUAAUGAAAAAAACUGGUCAUCAUCGUAGAUUUCUCAUGUGCUAACCGGCUAAACUGAUCUUUAUGGUGAUUCUUGAAAUUGAAUUCCUGCAUAGUUCUAAAAGGCUUUUUGAAUUUUCCAAUCAUCUCACGCUAGCAGAUGUUAGUUAUAUGAAAAGACCAGUAUUUGCUGUGCUCUACCUGCGCUUAUGGCCUUAAUCAUAAAACUUAUCGUUGCGUGUCAAACAAGUUCAUCGGUUUUGACAAGUUGCUGAUGACGCACAGCAGCUAGUGAUGCACUGAUUCUGACUUUUUGACUUGAAAUAGUCGAAAUUGAUAGGCAUUGGAACUGAUGUGAGGAUUCGUUAAGAGGAGACCCACACCCUUGGAAUGAAGAUGGAGAGUAUAAAUGUAUAGUUAAUGAUGGUGCAAAAACAAGUGCAACAUUAAUUGUGAAAGUUAAAUUAUUAUUUGAAUUUGAUUAUAUAUUUAUUUAAAUAAAUGAUUUAGCUAUACCUCUAACAUUUAUAAAACUUCUUUCAGAACGUCUUUGUAAUAUUGAUAAGCCUGUUGAAUUUAUUUGUGAAGCAUUAAAACCAUGUCGUGUUGAAUGGUUGUUAAGUGAUUAA